AUGGUCCGCGAGGACCUGAUAGAGGGCGCCGUGUCCUGUGCGCAACAUUCGCGUGCUCUCUCUCCGAUGCUCAUUCUAACGAAUCUACAGUUCUCCAGGAUCCGUCCGUCGCCUCUGCGCCUCUUGAGCAACGUAUUGCCUUUCUCAGAUCGAAGAACCUCACACAAGAAGAGAUUGACGCCUCGCUCGUGCGCGUUGGGCAAGGCUCUGCCUCCACGAACUCCGAACCUCCUCCCGUCCAAUAUCGACAACCGCCUCCGCAAUAUAACGGCUAUCAACAAGGCCAGUAUGGAUAUCCAUCACAAUGGCAAGCGCCGCCAGAGCCUCCGAGGCGAGACUGGAGAGAUUACUUCAUCGCUGCAACUGUGAUGGGUGGUGUAGGGUAUGGCUUAUACUGGACUGCUAAGCGAUACAUCUACCCACUGAUUGCGCCGCCGACCCCUCCGCAACUGGAACAAGAUAAGGCAGGUGUGGACGCAAGCUUUGACAAGGCGUUUGCACUCUUGGAUCAACUGGCUACGGACACCAAGGAACUCAAAGAUGCCGAGGCAGCUAGGAAAGAGAGAUUGGAUGCCGCUCUUGCGGAAGUUGAAGGCGUCAUUGGCAGGAUGAAGCAGGCAAAUGAAGAGCGAGAGCUCGAAUCUAAACGCAUAGCGAGGGAGAUCAGUGAAAUUCGAGAUCAGAUACCAAGGGCGAUCGAGAAGGAGAAGGAGAUGAGGGAUAGCCGACUGAAGGAGCUGAAUGGAGAGAUGAAGAGCUUGAGAACGCUGGUCGCCAACCGAAUGCAGGGCGGAGGAGCGCCAGGGCGGACGACUCCCAGCUACUCAACCCAGUCGCAGCAGCAGUCACCAAUCUCCGCGACACCUGGUGCCUCUGGCCCAGGGAACGGCACAGCCGCAGCACAACCAUCGGGUCAAGAUUCUGGAAGCGUGCCCAUCCAGUCGUCCACAAACGGCACGUCAGACACUAAUGGUGUUAACGGAUCUACAUCAGCCAGUGAGCGUAGCAACUCCCUUCCUUACUCCAGCGCUCCAAAUCGAGACGGUGCUAGCACACCAUACAGCAGACUGCUGGGUGGUAAGGCUGCGAUUCCAAGCUGGCAGCUUGCAGCCAAGAAGAAGGCAGAGGAAGCAAACGUGGACGCUACUUCCAGUGGAACAUCAACUCCCGUCCCUAAUGUCAACGAAAGCGGAACUGUCAGCGACGCAGCUGACGGACAAGCGUAA